CUGAUCGAAUUAUUCCAAUCCCAUUGAUAUUUUGGCCGAAUUACUCAACGCUACAAUGGCUACUUCGGUGAAGCAAGCCCUCGGUGAUCUGAACAAGGAGCGCUUUGUAGCUCUAUUGGGAAAGCUGAUUGGGGAGUCCAAGUACGUGCAGAACAACCCACCGGAGCUGAUCCCGGAGGAGGACAGAGUGGUAAAGCACGUUCUUGAUUCCCUCCUCCCUUUCAGCACCACCACCGGCGGUGGUCCACUCGUUAUCAACCAUGUCACCUAUAAGCCCAACCGGGGCAACCUUGUCGUCGAGUAUCCGGGUACCCAGCCCGGAAAGGUUCUUUCUUUCGUCGGGAUGCAUAUGGAUGUCGUCACUGCUAAUCCUGCUGAUUGGGAUUUUGAUCCCUUCUCAUUGAGCAUUGAUGGUGACAAACUUCGUGGACGGGGAACUACUGAUUGUUUAGGCCAUGUUGCCCUUGUUGCUGAACUUAUGAGACAGUUGGGAGAGACAAAACCACAGUUGAAGUCCACUGUGGUUGCUGUCUUCAUAGCCAGUGAAGAGAACUCAUCCAUCCCGGGGGUUGGAGUGGAUGCGUUAGUGAAAGAUGGAUUGCUUGAUAAGUUGAAGCACGGUCCUUUAUUCUGGAUUGACACAGCCGAUAAGCAGCCUUGCGUCGGUACUGGUGGCAUGAUACCAUGGAAACUUAAAGUUACUGGAAAACUUUUCCACAGUGGUCUGGCCCAUAAGGCUAUUAAUCCACUGGAGUUAGCAAUGGAGGCGCUUAAAGAAAUCCAAUUACGGUUCUACAAAGACUUCCCUCCUCAUCCUAAAGAACAAAUUUAUGGAUUCGCAACACCAUCAACCAUGAAGCCAACUCAAUGGAGUUAUCCCGGGGGUGGUAUCAAUCAAAUACCAGCUGAGUGCACCGUUUCAGGAGAUGUUAGGUUGACUCCGUUUUACAGUGUAUCAGAUGUGAUGACGAAGCUACAAGAAUAUGUUGAUGACUUGAAUGCAAACAUAGACAAGCUUGACACUCGAGGGCCUGUUUCAAAAUACGCCCUGCCUGAUGAAAACCUUAGGGGCAGAUUAAGUAUAUGUUUUGAUGAGGCAUCGUCAGGAGUUGCUUGUAACCUUGAGUCUCGUGGUUUCCAAGUAUUGUGCAAAGCGACUGAAGAAAUAGUUGGGCAUGUAAAACCGUAUUCUAUAACUGGUACUCUGCCGCUGAUACGAGAUUUGCAGGAUGAGGGUUUUGAUGUUCAGACUUCAGGCUAUGGCUUAAUGGCUACAUACCAUGCCAAGAAUGAGUAUUGUCUUCUGACAGACAUGUGUCAAGGAUAUGGUGUCUUUGCCAGUAUCAUCUCACAGUUGGAAGAUUGACAGACUACUAUUAACCCCUCUGCUAUCAAUAUGAGUAUUUCCUUGUAUCCUAAUCCUGUAAACUGAGACAUUUCUUGAAAAUCCUUUAAGGUUCAUAGUGACUGAAUUUUGGAUUUACUAAAGUUGUCAAUGAUUAUACUUCUCCAUGAUACACUGCAUAUAUGAUAUCUGUAUGCUGUAGCAGGGAAAAAUCUUUAUUCUCAGCAAAAGAAAGUACUACUUGCUAAGUUGCUA